UGGUUGGUCUCCGCCCAUUGCUGGCUAUCUGAGGCCAUUGGCUUCCUUUGAGCAGCUUUGCUGACUAUUAGCUUUCCAAUGUUUCAUGAUAUCGUUGUAAUAACUUCUGUGCCGAGUCAAACAUUAUUGAACUAUAACGACAUAAUCAUUUUGUGAUUAAACUGUCGGACAAGCCCACUUUGUUGGGUACAUAUCGUUUUUUCACAGAAAUAAACAACCUAGCUGCACGAGUUGGAAAUACCGCACGAGCUGAAGCGGCUCAGGCAGAAGGCUCUGAAGGCGACCCUAGAGUGAUCUGGAUUUUAAAAGCUCUUAAGAGGUUCCUUCCCUCAUCGUCUGCAAGAUGGGCAUCUAAACACUGCGCUCUUAUGGCUCGUCUCCUGCUCUGACCCCUUGGUAUAUCCAGGAUUAAAAAUGAGCAUAAGCAGUGAUGAGGUCAACUUCCUGGUGUACAGAUACCUGCAGGAGUCGGGCUUCUCCCACUCUGCCUUCACGUUUGGCAUAGAGAGCCACAUCAGCCAGUCCAACAUCAACGGAGCUCUAGUGCCCCCGGCCGCACUCAUCUCCAUCCUCCAGAAGGGCCUGCAGUACGUGGAGGCGGAGGUCAGCAUCAACGAGGAUGGAACACUGUUUGAUGGCCGGCCAAUUGAGUCCCUGUCGCUGAUCGACGCAGUGAUGCCCGACGUAGUCCAGACACGGCAGCAGGUGUACCGGGACAAGCUCGCCCAGCAGCAGGCUGCUGCUGCCUCCUCGGCAACAGCCCCCGGCAACACUGCGGCCACUGGAGGCGCCAAGAAUGGCGAAAAUGCCGCCAACGGAGAGGAAAAUGGAGCGCACACCCUAGCGAACCACCAUGCGGAGAUGAUGGAGGUGGACAGAGCGGUGGAGAUCCCUGCCAGCAAAGCCAUGGUGCUGCGCGGCCACGAGUCCGAGGUGUUCAUCUGUGCCUGGAACCCCGUCAGCGACCUGCUUGCCUCCGGGUCUGGAGACUCAACAGCUCGGAUCUGGAACCUGAGCGAGAACAGCUCUAGCGGCUCCACACAGCUGGUCCUGAGACACUGCAUCCGAGAGGGAGGCCAGGACGUGCCUAGCAACAAAGACGUCACCUCACUCGACUGGAAUAGUGAGGGAACGCUGCUGGCAACUGGCUCCUAUGACGGCUUUGCCAGAAUAUGGACUAAAGAUGGCAACCUUGCCAGUACCUUGGGCCAACACAAAGGCCCCAUAUUUGCGCUGAAAUGGAACAAGAAGGGCAACUUCAUUCUCAGUGCUGGAGUAGAUAAGACUACGAUCAUUUGGGAUGCACACACAGGAGAAGCCAAACAGCAAUUCCCAUUCCAUUCUGCUCCUGCCCUGGACGUGGACUGGCAGAGCAACAACACAUUCGCUUCCUGCAGCACGGACAUGUGCAUCCAUGUGUGCAAGCUGGGCCAGGAUCGACCCGUCAAGACAUUCCAGGGUCACACGAAUGAGGUGAACGCAAUCAAAUGGGAUCCCCAAGGCAACCUACUGGCCUCCUGCUCCGACGACAUGACUCUGAAGAUCUGGAGCAUGCAGCAGGAUGGCUGUCUGCAUGACCUGCAGGCCCACAGUAAGGAGAUCUACACCAUCAAGUGGAGCCCCACGGGCCCAGGCACCAACAACCCCAACGCCAAUGUGAUGCUAGCCAGCGCGUCCUUUGACUCGACGGUACGGCUGUGGGACGCGGAGCGUGGCGUCUGCAUCCACACGCUCACGCGCCACCAGGAGCCCGUCUACAGCGUGGCCUUCAGCCCCGACGGGCGGCACCUGGCCAGCGGCUCCUUCGACAAGUGUGUGCACAUCUGGAACACUCAGAGUGGAGCUUUGGUGAACAGCUACAGGGGAACAGGAGGUAUAUUCGAGGUCUGCUGGAACGCAACAGGGGACAAAGUGGGAGCCAGUGCAUCAGACGGAUCAGUCUGCGUGUUAGAUCUGCGGAAAUGACGCUGUCAACAGGAAGCCAUGGACCGACUCUGAAUGUGUACAUAGCCAAAUUGACUCUGUCUGUCCCUGGCCCAUCCACUGCUGUAGGUCCUUCCCUUAGGCCUCCCACUGCUGAGUCCACACAUAAAAAGGCAUCAACUUUCCGUGCAAGCCGGGAAAAAGCAGAUGCCGUACUCUUUGAUUUCAUUCACAGGACUGUUGAACACACACAAGCUUAGGCCACAUAUCACAGUUAGUUUCUCUUCUGUCUGUCUUGUAGGUGGAGUCAGUAGAGCAUACAUUCAGACCUGUAUAUCAUUGCUGGUGUGUGCAUAUUGUACAUAUCAGUGUUUCAGUUUGCCAUUGUGGGGUUUGUUGGGGAUCAAAGUUGAGAGUUUCAGGAAUUUCAAACUUUUUCACAGCCACUGAUAGUCAGAUUUAGAGCCUUAUGGACCACAAUUCUUUACACAGGGAUUACAAAUAUGCAGUGUAAAAUUGAGACAGCCGGUGGGGAAAUAUAUUUGAAAGGCGUGGCUCUAACACCUACCUAAAAAUGGUAAUCGUUUGCAUCUUUCUUAUUUUUUGCCAAAUUUGAACAUGGAGUGCAAGAGUUCACAACCAGAUGUAAGCAUCUUAAAUCUCUUCUGCAUUUCCCUUUUGAAACUGCAGUGACCUCAGUAUGACAACUCCAUAGAAAUGAAUGAAUGACUGAAAUGAAUGACCCACUGUAAGAACUGACUGGCCUGAGCUACACAGCACAUGGCUGACUGUAAUAUAUCACUUUUUAAUAAUAAGUGCUAUGGUUGUGGACACACAUCUUUAGCGUCUUAAGUCAUUUUCUUCUGUGUGGGGCUCAUCCAGGUGUGUAAGAACUGAGGAGAUGCAUGCUGUAGCUGCUAUAAAAAAAGUACAUGGUUCAAGUGUGAAAGGGCUCAGAAGGAAACUGAAGAAAAUCUGCAGUGCGUCACUGGGGAAACCUUUAGUGGCCUGGUUCAUUAAACUUCAUAUGGUUUCUUUUGUUGUUGUUUAGUCGAUACCCUGUGGACGUUCACCACUAAUAUGUGAGUGAAUGCUCACCAUUAAUUUAACUGGCCUCAAGAAAUUUGCAUGGCCUCCAUAGUGAGUUGGCCAUUUUGAUGCCAUUACCUUUCUUUACUACAGGACCUUGAAGUGCAGCACAUUCUGAUGUUGGUUGUAUGCACUUGAUGAGGCCAUGGCUCCCUCGAGGACAGCAUCGUGAUUUCAUAUGCACAUUAGCAGACCUGGACAAUGCAGUUAACCAGUGACUUAGAUCCAGAGGGCCCUCCAACGCAUUGGAAAGUCAGUGAGCUCAGUGUGUGCGUAUCUACGUACGUACCUUCAGUACAGUUUUUUUAUGUUUCAUUUGUUUGCCAGGGAGGAAGAGAGAGAUGGUUUCCAUUGAUGAAGAGUUUUUUUACACAGUACCAUUUAGUGUUGGGCUGCAGGGUCAUGAAAACACACUCAAGAGAAAUGACAAUAAACUGAAAUGGUAAUGGUAAAUCAUAUAUACUAUAUCUGUGCUGUCACAGGGGUUUGUGAAAUACAUGCUACUCCUAUGAGACUUUUUCUUUUUUUUUUGUAAAAAUAAUAAUUUGGAGAGUUUGGCACCCUGUGUGCUGCUUCUGAAUAAAUGUCACCAUCAUUAGUCGUACUGUAUAGCUUUUCCUGUUUUAAAACAAAAUACCAUUAGACAGUCAUCGCUAUAGAGGAGCUACCACAUCCCCAGUCAACCACAAGGAAGUUGUUAUUUUCCUGCACUUUAAAUGAGCUUGACUUUAGCUGGCACUUAAAAAUUGUUGGAAGGAAGUGUUUUGUUUUUUACAUCUGGAAUGUUGCGCUCCACCUUUGCCUCGCUCUAAAACCUGUUCAGAUGUGUUUUUACCUGUGCAGAAGAGAGGUGAGGUGGGUGUUAAACAGUGUUGGGAGAAUGCAGUGGCUUGGGGCCAACUUCAUGGCAUUCCAUGUUGUACCAUUCAGUAGCAUAGAAUAGCAGGGCUCACAAAGCCAAACUUUUCUCAUUAACAGCCUCCAUUGUGAUUUUCUGAUUUGUUUUGUCACAAUUUACUUUAAUGAUAUUUUUUUUUUUGUAAAGAGUUGAGAGUAUUUUGAAGUUUGCUUUAAUAUAAUCAACAGUAAUUAGAUUGUACCAUAAGACACUAUUUAUUAUAUUGUCUAUGACAGUGGAAUGGUAUUUUAUAAUGUUUUGAUUUUAAAAGAGAUGCUUUUUACAGUGCAUUUGAGUGUGUUUGCUUCCUUUUGGUCUGACCUAAAAUGCCUAAUUUUAUCUUUACCAUGUUUAUGGCCCUUGAAGGUUUUGUACUCUGAAAACUUUUUAUAAUUCUGUCUAUAGAAGGAACACACCUAGUUGUAUCUUACCAUCCUCCUGGACCACACAAAUAUUUGAUAUCUUUUUUUUUUUCUUGAUCAGUUUGUGUCAUUGUCCUGAUGUACCAUUCCCCCCUCCUUGCUCACGUCCCGUUGCAAAUACUAUCUUUACAAUGUUGAUCUGGCUUUUGUGAUUUGAGUCAGAUCAGAUGAAAAGUCCAGAAUAAAAUAUAUUUUGAUAAUA